AUGAAAGAAGAAAUGAUUGAACUGAAAGCUGAACUGAAUCAUUUAAAGCAGUACAAGACCAAAGAUAAAGAUGGAUGUAAUGGAAUAGGUUUGGACGUUCAUGCAGAUGAGAAUAGGACUAACAUCCCCGCAGAAAACAAAAAGAGAAAUGUAAUGACUCAACUAAACAAAAAACAAAUACCUACCUCUGGUGGAAACAAGAGGGUACAGAAAAGAAAACUAAAGUCAAACCAGGCAAUACAUAAUGAAAAUACAGAUAUGCCAGACAGUACACACAUUUCCAGCAGAAAUGUAGGAGAGCAAAAUGGAACUGUGACAAUAAUUGACUUCCAUGCAAUUGUUCAAAAGUCUGAAGGAAUACAUCGUCUUGGUAGAGACCAAACAAUUGUGUUCGAGACUGUUCGUCUGAACUUGGAUGGAGGCUAUAACAGUAAUACUGGAAUUUUUACAGCACCCAUAGGUGGACUGUAUUUAUUUUCAGUAUCAAUAGUAAGUGGAGUUGAUCCAAAACCUUUAUUCUAUGUUGGACUUGUGAAGAAUGGAGCUUGGUUGGCAUCAGCUUGUGGACACGGAGGUUCCGGAAAACAAGACCAGGGUUCUGUUACUGUUGCGAUGCAAUUAAAUGCUGGUGAUUAG